CCUGGGCCUCCAGCGGGGGUUAAGUCUGCAGCCUCCACCAGCUCCGUGGUGUUUGUGUCCUGGCUCCCUCCUCUCAAACUCAACGGCAUCAUCAGGAAGUACAUUGUCUUCUGCUCCAACCUGCACCCCACGGUACAGAGCUGUAUUAUUAUUAACACAGCUCUCACAGCAGCCUUGAGCGCUCAUUAUAAUGCCGCCUCCAGUCCUGACAUUCUGGACUGUAUUAGAAAGUCCUGUAGGGAGAGAGAAAGCUCAUGAAGAUUACUCCCCUGUUCAAGUUGUAUGAUAAAUGCACAGACGUGUAAACCCCUUCCCUUUCUCCCUCCCUCUCUCCAGGUGAUGAGUGAGUUUGAGGCUUCUCCUGAUGUAUAUUUCUACAGAGUGCCAAACCUGGCCCGUAACAGAAAGUACAGCAUCUGGGUGGUUGCCGUGACAGCCGCUGGGCGAGGCAACAGCAGUGAGACCAUCACAGUGGAACCUCGGGCCAAAGGUACGGGUUGCCUGUGUAACAGUGUAACUAUUGAAAGCUGGGAAUCAAAACUAAUGUUGCUGAAGGAUUAG